GUGUUGUAGAGAGAGAGACUGUUUAAAAUUAAAGCCUAAAAUGUGCUACAGUUAAGUGUAUUCAGAAUGUUUUGUGUAAAGUUCUGUUCACUUAAAUGUUUUCUAUUAGACAAGUAAUGUUGUUUAAAUCAAACAAUGUGUCAUUUAAUUUACAGAUUCAUAUCUGUUGGCUGUGAGAUCUGGUGUUCUCCUGCUUUGGCUUCUGUCAAGAGCGAGUGACCUGCGGUUUACCAGCGAGCUUCCUGCACCUACAUCUGUGAUCCUCUGAUCCAGAACAACUUACCACAGACACAUUUAUUCCAUUUAAAAAAAAAAACACACACAGAACUAAUUGUUAAUCAACACACAUACUUUUACUCCUUCAACACACAGACAGACACACUCACACUCACACACACACACAUACACACACAACUGAUUUCCCACUGCCAAGGUAAGUUGAAACAUUUGUGUAUUUGAAGGCUGACCUUGUCUGGGAAAGCAUUGUUUGUGAGUAUGAUUGGGACAGAUUCACAUGGAUUUUUAAAGUUUCUUUGAACUUUGAAGAAAAUUAAAUUUUGUUUUUCAUUUUUAGAUGCCCCGUGCCAAGUCCCACCGGCGGGCCCAGGCCCUGAAGCGGAGGAUGGCGCAGCCGCAGCCGUGGACCCCCCAGCCGCCUGUCCCCGAGUUCGUUGCUCGGCGCGGUACCGGUUACCGCCAUCGUGUGCGGAGAUGGCCAACUUCGGAGCUGACCCAGCGGAGCUUCAAGUUGGUCACUCCAGCCCAGCAGCCGGACCAGAAGAUGGUGUUCGUCGUGGGAGCCUCCCACCUGCGGCCCAUGGUGGAUGGGAUCGUCGCCAUGCCAGAGGGACCUGUCUCCUUUGCUUUUCUCUCUGUUCCAGGUGCGCAUGCAGCAGAGCUGAGGACGGAGGUGUCCCACGCCACUCUCCCGUGGACCCCGGACGUGGUGUGCGUGAUGGCCCCCAGCAACAACCUGACAGCCAGCAGGAACAUCGGAGAGGCGUCGCUGGACUUCGGUGCUCUCCUGGCUACAGUCUGCAGCCGCUGGGCGAAGGUGUUUGUGCUGGAUUUCCCUCCACGCCUGAACAUCGAGCCUGGCCUGCAGGAGCUGUUUCGCCAGGAGUUCCGCCGUGUCGCAGCACGCAUGGGUCUCCCGUACGUGUCUGUGGCAGAGCACCUCCCCUUGGAUCGUUUGGAGCUGUGGAGCCGUGACAGUGUGCACCUCAGCGACAGCGAUGGAACGCCGAUCCUGGUCCAGGCCCUGUGGGAUGCCGCGGUCCGCCAGCUGGCUCCUCCUCCUCCUCCUCCUCCCUCGGUGCCCCCCCGGACAUCGCCUCGUGCCAGGGUCUCCCCCGUGCUGGUUGUGACAGGACACAGCCCCGCACCCCGUCACCGCGACCCACUGGAGUGGACCGUAGUCGGACAGGAGGGCAAGGUUCGAGCAUCUCCGGUGCAAGAGUCUGUCCUCCCAUCCAACCCCGUGUGGUUCAGCGGCGACAUCCUGGAGGCCAUGGAGACGGUUUGCCCUUCUUCAGAUGACGACGACACUGCCAUUCCACCGGCUGGCCAGACUUCCCGUGUGAGGCGUUCUCCAAGAGGUGUUGCCACAAGACGCAGAGGAGGAAAGCGGCAGCUGUUGGCAACACCUUCACCUGCCCGUGUGACCGUGUCCACCUCCAGGCCCAGACCAGCGGUGCAGCAGGUGGAGGCGACAGCCCAGGAGUCUGCCAGUGCGGUGCCAGGGGUGGUCAUCCGUCAUGAGGUCGCCGCAGCGUGCCCCGUCGUCCCAGAGGUGCCGGCAACACCUUCACCUGCCCGUGUGACCGUGUCUGCCUCUGGGCCCACACCAGCGGUGCAGCAGGUGGAGGCGACAGCCCAGGAGUCUGCCAGCGCACUGCCGGUGGUGGUCGUCGGUCGGGAGGAGGUGGUUGCAGCGGGCCCUGCUGUCCCAGAGGAGCGACAGAAGAUCAGCAAAGCUAAGGCUGUUUUUGUUCCUUCUGUUUGUGUUCAUGAUGUUCAGUCAGAGUCUAACGCUACUGCUGUGGCAACAGAGGCUAGCGGAGAUAGCAGCAGGAUUAGGCUAGCGAAGGUCGUGCGCGGAUCGUUUCAUCAGGGCGAUGCGCGGUUUGUGUAUGGGGGAGUCCAGUGUAUGGCUAUAGCUUUGGUCAGCUUAGCCAAACACACGGUGAGGAGCGCGUUCUCGUGGGACAGGCUGGAUCUGGAUCGCGUGUUGGUUGAAGGUGAUGAGUUGUACACGAGUUUGCGUGACCUCAACAUCUUCAGCCAUGUGUCUAAUCUGCUGUCUGUGCCAGAUUUGCCACAGCAGUUGGAAUUAGACGGACAGCUGUUAAGGUUCAGUUUUUGUGACACGGUGUUAGGCGAAGUAGGCGUGACCGAAGGUGAAUACAUCGAUUUCGGUGUAUUCAUCAGCUUGCGAAAUGGACUGGAGAGGAUAUUCAGUCAGUACAGCACAUGUCUUCUGACACUGUGUGGAAACACCACUGCCAUCGUGCGUGAGGAUGGACGGUUCGCUGUGGUCGACAGUCACUCACGCAGUCACACUGGCUUGUUACACCACAACGGUACAAGCGUGGUUCUGCAUUUCACGUGUCUUGACGACCUGCACCACUACAUCUGUCGUUUGGCUGACAGUCUCCGUUCAAGGGAGAAGCUCUUUGAGCUGUGUGGUGUCACGGUCAGCACGGGUGCAAGUCCAGCACGGUCUGGUGUGUCUGUUGAGAGUCUCAUUACUGGGAUGAGCGCUGCUCCAGCACCAGAGUCUAGUGUGCUCACUGAGGCUGGGAGAAAAGGUGUGUUUUCUGCAGGCAGUUGUGUGUCUGAGUGUGGUGUCAGCAUUGCCGCAAGUCCGGCACUGUCUGGCAUUUCUGUUAUGACUUUCUCCAGCGAGGUGAGCAGCGGUUCAGCGGCAGAACCAACGGUGAUCGAUGGCAGAAAGCGUGUUAUUUCUUCCGGCACUUGUGCGUCUAAGAAAUUCAAGAGCUUUGAUGCUACUGAGGUCAAUCUGGAUGUAGAGUUUGUUAGCGAGGUGAGAAAGGAAGAGCUGGUUUUCCGUCCCCUUGGCGUAGAUGUCUGUCGAGUGUUGUGUAGUAAGUUAAAUGUUGACUGUGUAAAAGUUGGUAAUCCUGUGUCCACAGAGGUGGGGUUGUUGGGUGUUCCUUGUAGAAAAGAAAGGAUUGUGGCCGAUGGGAACUGCUUCUUCAGAGCCAUCUCUCAGGCUGUGAGUGGUUCAGAGAAGCACCAUCGUAGGAUUAGGCUAGCUGUGUGUAAAGAGUUAGAAAAGAAUGCAGAUAGAUAUCAGAGUCUUUUGAGGAGUGAGUACUCCUCUGUGUUAGAGUACAUUCAGCAGUCCAGGAUGACACGUGUCUGCAGUUGGGCCACAGAGGUGGAGAUCCAGGCGACAGCGGAUUGGUUAGGCGUUAGUGUGUUUACUUUCCAUCAGGGACGUUGGGUGAAGUAUAGCUGUAGUACUAAGCAUUUGUCAGCGGAGUGUGUAUACUUAGAGAAUGUCAUGGGACAGCAUUAUGAGAAUGUUGUUUGUGUGUGUAAGCCUGGACUGCAGAGUUGUUAUAGUUACUGUAAGGUUAGGGAAGUGUCAGGUUAUAGCAUUAGGUCUAGAAGGAUGGAUGUUGUGGUUGUAGCUAGUGACAACACAGCGGCUGGGCGUAGUAGUGAUGUAGUAGGUUCUGUGGUAGGUGUAAAGGAUUGUGAUGAGGUUGUGGAAGGUGCUAGUGAGGUAGUGUCAGGUAGAAAGUCUCUGUCCAAGUAUCUAAGGCGGAAACAAAGGACGCAAGACAAGUUGAAUAUGUUGCUUAGGGAGAAACGUCAGUUAAGGAUUAGAAAGAUAUAUCAAGAGAAUGUGGUGUUCAGGGAGAAGGCUAAGUUGUGGAGUGUAGGAAAUUAUUGUAAGAAUUUAGCCCACAGAGAGAGGGUUAAAGAGAUGGGUGUUUGUAAAUACAGAGAAAGCACUGAGCAUAGGGAGACAGUUAAGGCCAGGAGUUUGGGCAGAUAUAGGGACAGCAUGAAGUACAGGGAGAGAGUUAAGGCCAGGAGUUUGGGCAAAUACAGGGACAGCAUUGAGCACAGGGAGAGAGUUAAGGCCAGGAGUUUGGGCAAAUACAGGGACAGCAUUGAGCACAGGGAGAGAGUUAAGGCCAGGAGUUUGGGCGAAUACAGGGACAGCAUUGAGCACAGGGAGAGAGUUAAGGCCAGGAGUUUGGGCAAAUACAGGGACAGCAUUGAGCACAGGGAGAGAGUUAAGGCCAGGAGUUUGGGCAAAUACAGGGACAGCAUUGAGCACAGGGAGAGAGUUAAGGCCAGGAGUUUGGGCAAAUAUAGGGACAGUAUUGAGCACAGGGAGAGAGUUAUAGAAAGGAAUAAGAGUAGGAUUAAGAGCAAGUAUCAUGAUAGUGUAGAGUAUAAGCAGAAAGUUAUUUCUGGUGUGAGGUUAAGCAGGAAGCAGAAGGUGGAGAAGGCAGAAGAUUUUGCUUUUGUUAUGGAUCACUUUUUGGCCAAGGUCAGAGAUGGACCAGAUUUUGUGUGCUGUGUUUGUUAUAGGUUGUUGUUUAGAUUUCAGGUGGUCAGUUGUGAUAGGGAAGUUUAUAGGCGAAGUUCAGCAACAGCUGCUAUUGCAGAUAAGUGUAUAGGUGAGCGUUAUUUGCAUAGAUGUAAUGAGGAGUGUGUUGUGCCGUGUUCCUUGGUGUCAUCGCGUGGUCAGCUGUGGAUUUGUUUCACGUGCCACGGUAAGCUUAGUACAGGUGAGAUGCCGGCUGAAUGCUGGGUUAACAACUUGGAGCUUGAUCCCAUUCCAUGUGAACUGGGAUGUCUGAAUAGUUUAGAGCAGCAUUUGAUAGCUUUGCAUAUUCCGUUUAUGAAAAUGUUGGCACUGCCUAAAGGUGGGCAGAAUGGAGUACAUGGACCAGUGACAUGUGUUCCAGCCAACAUUGUUCAGACAACGAAUGUGUUGCCGCGUUCCAGUAUGGAGGGGUCUCUGCUUCAGGUUAAGCUGAAGCGGAAACUCACGUAUAAAGGGUAUUACGAGUACCAGUUUGUGGAUACGUUGCGUGUAAGACAGGCGCUAGAAUAUUUGAAGAGGACAAAUGUGCAUUAUAGGGGUAUUGAGUUUAAUGAGGACUGGGUAAACGAGUUUGUUAGGGAGGAAGAUAGGGAGACGGAAGAGGCCGAGUCAGGCAGUGAGGAUGAGGGUAGGUCACGGCAGGUUACGGUUCAGAGUGAAAUGUGUGAGCUAGCGGAAUCAGCAGACAUAGGACAGGAUGAACUGUUACAUGACAGACAACAGCACUGCAUGUUUCAGGACACUUGUCUUAUGCCUGUUGAUAUUGGUCAGGAAGCUUUAGAUCAGUAUUUUAAGGAUAUUUUGAACAUUGCGCCUGCAGAAGGGAAUAGUCCGGUAAGAAUGCUUUCUGACCACACGAAUGAGGCAAAGUGUUUCCCUGUGUUGUUCCCUGCGGGUGAUAAGACCUUCCAUGACGGACGGUCUCAUCACUUGACGUUGUCGCGUUAUCUUAAUAACCGGAUUAUGCAUGCUGACGGUCGUUUUGCGCGGAACGUCGAGUACAUAUUUUUUGCGCAGUACAUGUCAGAGUUGGACAGGGUUGUGUCCAGUGUUUCUAUCGCUUUGCGUAAGGGCAAAGGAGGUCAGAGGCCUCAACGCAUUACUGAGGACAUGUUAACGGAUGCGGACGCCUUGAAGCAGUUGUUGGCGUGUGAUGACGGGUUUAGGUUUCUUAAACCCAUUAGAGGAACUCCGGCCUUUUGGCAGUCUGUCCAGAAGGACGUGAUGGCUUGCGUGCGUCAAUUGGGUAUUCCGACGUGGUUUUGUUCGUUUUCGUCUGCGGAUAUGCGCUGGCAGAAUCUCCUGACCAGCAUCCUGAAACAGGAAGGCAGAUCGCAGACGGUAGAGGAUUUGGAGUGGGCUGACAGGUGCGAGUUGCUGCGUCGUAAUCCGGUCACCGCGGCGAGGAUGUUUGACUACAGGUGGCAUUGUUUUCUGAAAGAGGUUCUCAUGUCUCCCUGUCAACCAAUCGGCAAAAUAAUCGAUUACUUUUAUAGGGUAGAAUAUCAACAGAGAGGCUCACCACAUGUACACUGUUUGUUUUGGAUCGAGGGUGCUCCCCAAAUUGAUAGAAACACAGAUGAGGAGGUGGUAAAAUUUAUUGACCGUUAUGUUACAUGUGAGCUACCCUCAGAUGAUGACACACUAUUGGACAUGGUGUCAUCUGUUCAAACACAUUCCAAACGACAUUCAAAGUCGUGUAGAAAACACAAAACGACAUGUCGUUUCAAUUUCCCAAAACCUGUUUCUGCGCGGACAUUCAUUUGUAGAAUGUUAGAAUGCAAGUGCGAUAAGAAAAAGACAGCAGAGACCGAACCUGGUUCAGAAAACAGGCCAGUCUGUAAGUGUUUUGAGGAUAGAGAUAAGAUGCCAGAAAACAUUGCGCAGGCUAUUCUAACAGCUGUUAAGCUGGCUGUGGACAGUGAUGUGCCUCCUGUUAGUGUAGAGGACUUGUUUUGUGCUUUAGGAAUAAAUCAGGAAAUCUUCGAGUUGGCUUAUAGGCGUUUAGAGAAGAGGCAUAAGGUUGUGUAUAGGAGAGGGGUGAACGAGGUUUGGGUCAAUCAGUAUAGUAAGCAGUUGUUGAAGUGCUGGAACGCUAACAUGGACAUUAGCUUUGUCACCGACGCCUACGCAGUAGUAAUAUACAUACUAUCGUAUAUUACGAAAGCAGAGAGAGAAAUUGGCCUAUUAUUGACUAAUGCCCAAAAAGAAGCCAAAACACAAGGGAAUCUCUCUGCUAAAGAAGCCCUGCGGAAGCUGGGCAGUGUAUAUUUACACAACAGAGAUGUUUGUGCGCAGGAGGCGGUGUACAGGCUAACGAACAUGCACCUUAGGGAGUGUUCCAGGAAGGUUGUGUUUGUGCCGACAGGGAGCAAGAUAGUUAGGAUGAGUUUGCCCCUUAGUGUUUUGAGGCAGAAGGCGGCCUCCCGUGAUCUUGGGGAGGAUGAGAUGUGGAUGACAGGCAUAGUGGAUAGGUAUAAGAAUAGGCCUAACAGCGAUGUGUUUGCAAACAUGUGUAUGGCCACCUUUGCAUCUGAGUAUCGUGUUCUCAGCAAAAAUGAAAAGUCUAAGGACAGAAUUCAAUUGAACAAUGAUUUGGGAUUCAUUCUGAGGAGAACACGCACUCAGUUUGCAGUGGUGCGGUACAUGCGUUUCAGUUUGGAUAGAGAGGAAGAGGCACAUUUUCAAAGCCUGCUGCAGUUGUUUCUUCCUUAUAGAACUGACUCAGACCUCAAACCUGCAGGCUUUGAGCUGUUUGAGCAGUUCUAUAACGAUGGCCAGGUGACGUUUAGCGACGGGUCUGUGCAUUCGGUUUGCGAUGUCGUCGGCGAGAAUAGGGCCAGGUUUGAGGUCAAUUGUCCUCACCUUGAGUUAGCUCAGGAGAUGGCUGCGCAGAACAACGGGGUAGAUGAAGAUGUUUGGGGUGAGCUGUGUCCUGAACAGGAAGCGGAACGCCUAGAAGGUUUAGAGGAGCAGAGGCAGCAGCGGGAAGCUGAGAUAGCUGAGGAACAGUUAGUUGAAGCGAUGGAGAAUGUUCCAGAUUUGAUUGUUGGUGGCAGACAGGUAGCGCAGGUAGAGAGAAACAGGUCCACGUUGUCUAGAAGUGACGGUUUGGCGCUUAUUAGGUCUCUGAAUGAGACACAGCUGGCUGUUUUUUAUAAAGUGAGACAGUGGUGUUUGCAGAAGGUGAUGGGUAAAAACCCAGAGCCUCUGCGUGUAUUUGUCACAGGUGGCGCAGGAACGGGGAAAAGUCAUUUGAUUAGGGCUAUUGAGUAUGAGGCAGGGAGGCUGCUGUCAACACUUUGUGAUCAACCAGACGAUAUCUGUGUUUUGUUAACUGCUCCUACUGGCAUAGCUGCAUACAAUUUGAAUGCAGCAACAAUUCAUCACACAUUGAGUAUUGGCAAACAGGCUAGUUUACCUUACACCCCUCUGGGUGAAGAUAAACUAAACUCUUUGCGAGCUAAAUUGAGUCAGGUCCAAAUUUUAAUCAUAGAUGAAAUCAGUAUGGUUGAUCACAACGUGUUGGCUUAUGUGCAUGGUAGAUUGAGGCAGGUGAAGCAGACAGGCGACUUUUCCCCGUUCGGUAAUGUUAGCGUGAUAGCUGUCGGAGACUUCUAUCAGUUGCCUCCCGUUAAAGGGAAGCCUCUGUAUAGUAGUCCUGUUGGUGUGGACCUAUGGUGCAAUUUCAGCAUCGUGGAGCUGAAAAAGAUAGUUAGGCAGAAGGAUAGUGUUUUUGCUGAGUUGCUUAAUAGGUUAAGAGUGCGUUCCAGGGCCACCCCAAUGUUAGAUAGUGAUGUUGAAAUGCUGAAGAUGCGCGAGACCGGCGAGGUGAGCUCAGCCUUGCAUAUCUUUGCGACGAAUAGGCAAGUAAGUGAGCACAACCUAAAUUAUCUGUUUGACUGUUGUCCUGAUUAUGUCACCGUUGAAGCGCAAGACUUCGUGAAUAACAGGACAACAGGGAAUUUGGAACGGAUGCCCGGGCAUCACGGCGUUGCGGCGGACACUUCUUUACCGGAGACUCUGUGUUUAGCGAGGAACGCACGAGUGAUGUUGUGUAAGAACGUGGAUGUUGCGGACGGCCUGGUCAAUGGAGCAUGUGGCACGGUUACUCAGUUAGUUUUUGGAGAGGAUUCCACGUUUCCUCUCACUGUGUAUGUCAGAUUUGAUGAUGUGAAUAUUGGUUCAGAUAGGAGGAAAAACCGUGCACAUGCAGCAGUAGAAUGCCUGCAGUCUACUGCCAUUGAUCCAGAGACUGAAAGAGCCACUAAACGCGGCGGUGUGCGUCGUCAGUUUCCUCUGAGGUUAGCGUGGGCUUGCACUGUUCACAAAGUGCAAGGACUCACUGUGGACGAGGCCGUAGUGUCUUUGAAGAGGGUGUUUGCACCGGGGCAGGCAUAUGUAGCACUUAGUCGUGUUAGGGCCUUGUCUGGACUGAUCAUCAGGGAUUUUACAGAGAAGGUAAUUUACUGCAAGGACGCCAUAAAGGAGGCCUUGGAUAGCAUGCCUCCAUUUUUGAUUGAGCAGCCAAAGCCUUCAUUAAAUGCACACAGUUUCUCUGUGUAUUUAAUGAAUGUUCAAAAUUUAAGUCGCCACUUGGUAGAUUUGGUGUCUUGCACACAGCAUUUACAGCUUACCUGUAUUGCUGUGACAGAAACGUGGCUCACUGCACAGUCUUCAUUAGACGGUGUCCAAAUUGAAGGUUACACUUUCCACAGUCGUCCUCGUGGCUUGUGUUACAGCAGCAGUAACCCUAAAUUGUUAGAGUUAAAGGACCUAGAACAUGGUGGAGUUGGUUUGUAUAGUGUAGACAAUUUGGACUGUAACAUUCUGCAGGUGCCCGAUUUGAAUCUGGAGUGUUUGGUGUGCCUGUACAACAAAUUUAGCAUAUUGUUGACAGUAAUUUAUCGUCCACCAUGUUAUCAAAUUUCUUUAUUCAAACAAAAUUUGGGGAAGUUACUUGAUUGGUUACAUCCAAUCAGUAACACAAUUGUAAUAAUGGGGGAUUUCAAUGACAACAUUUUAAAAACAUCAUCAAUUUCCAAAUUUAUGGGUGAAAAAGGUUUUAGUCAGCAUGUGACACAAGAGACCACAGAGAAGGGGACACUAAUUGACCAUGUUUAUGUUAAAACAACACGGUAUGAUGUGGACUGUGCAGUGAUGCCCACGUAUUUUAGUGAUCAUGAAGGUGUUUUGUGUAGUUUUAGUGUUAAAGAUGAUCAGGGGUUGGUUGUUGACUUUGAGGAGGUUGAGGGACUCUUCGAGUCAGACUUCGUCUUUGAUGAGGAUUAGGUUGGUUUGUUUGGCAAAGGAAGCAAACAAUGAAUUCACACUACAGGUGUGAAUUCAUUGUUUGAUGAGUCAAACGGAGCUACAUUGCAGUGUCCCGGUGCAAAGGUUAGUGUUGUUUUUGUGUGUUGGUGUAGUUCAGGUGUAUCUGUAGCUUUUUAAGAGGAAACUGACUUGUAGUCUGUCUUGUUCAUGGUGUGUACAUUGGCUACCACUAUGAAUGUUGUCUUUUUAUAAGUGUAGAGCCUGUCCCACUGUAAUUGUAUAGUUUCUGUUAUUUA